AUGACUUUGCUCGACCACAAGGAAAAUCAAAAUGAUCGAAUAAGUGACUUACCAAGUAAUGUCAUUGAUGGUAUCCUAGCAAAUUUGAAAAUUCGACACCAAGUUAGAACUAGUAUUUUGUCAACAAAGUGGAGGUAUAUGUGGACUUCAGCCCCACGUCUUUGUUUUGACCAAGACUUUUAUCAAAGGUUUUUGGAUCUCGAUGACCCUGACGCUGUAAUUUCUAAUGCCGUCACGGAUGUUCUUAUGUUCCACAAUGGUCCGAUACACAACUUUUCUCUUUGCAUAUAUGAUGACUUCGAUUUCGAGAUCAACGUGGAUAAUAUCAAUAUGUGGAUUCCUUUUAUGUCAAGGGACAUUAAACAUCUCGAGCUUGUGACCCACUGUAUUUUUAAAGAUCAAAUGCCUGAUAUUCUCUUCUCUUGUAAGGAAUUGACUUACUUCAAAUUUAGCUCAUUUAACUUGUCAAUUCCGCCUAAUUUUUGCAGCUUUAAAAAAUUGCUUGAACUUCACUUAUUUUGUGUUGAGUUCGAGUCCAGUGCACUUGAGAGUCUUAUAUUGGGUUGUCCGUUUCUUGAAAAGCUUGUUAUUGAAUUAUGUGAUGGUUUUGAAUAUCUUGAUAUUUCUUCUCCUACUCUCAAAGACUUUAGUGCUAGUAUUAAUUGA